AUGCUGGGACCCAUUUCAACAAUCCAUUUACCUGCUUCGCAAUCUUCUCCCCCAACUCAGCAUUUUCCUGGUGACUCUCUUGGCUUUCCAGAUCCUCCAGCACCGCUUGUUUUUCCAGUUGACCCGGCAGACAUUUCCAACUCUGAUAUCCAGAAGGUUACUCGCCUGUGGCCAUCCUGUGUUCCCCUUUUUACAAUCAUGGGGAAUUUGCAUUUACAGGAGCACAGGGAUCGCAUUAUACAGGUACUUAAGCUCGGUAGGAACAGGAAACUCGGGAAUGGCCUACAAACCGCCAGUGCUCGUGUACUGAACCACCACCAGUAUACUAAUACCUUUUCAGAAGAAACGCGCAUGCUAGAUCGCCUACUCAUGUCCGUUUUUGCCUGCACCACGUUCACGAAAGACGUUGUCUACAAGAUGGAUGAGAACCUCUAUCAGGAACUUUGCACCAAAUUGACCACUCGCCGUGCAAUAGCUUCAUCGUCGCUCAAUACCUUCAGUUAUUCAGAUUUAUGGCCACCUGCAUGGGCCAUCAACACUGCAAAAUGUUUGACAGCCAAUGACUUCGAGAUACACGCCUUAUGGUAUCACAUUUGUGUUGAACAUUUCCUACAUAUGCUUGAUGGUAUCCAUGACUGGGAUAAAUGUCGGACCCGCGAGAUGUUACAGGAGGAAUUCAUGGCAGCGCUACAUCAGGCAUAUAUCAGGAAAGAAGAAAAGGAGAGUCCUACUGUUCCUCUUGCUCCGGGACAGUGCAAGCCUCACCAGUCGAAGACGCCUUGUCAGAGCUUUACCUCCGACUGGAGUCUGGGGGGAGUACAUGGUAGCAUUACAAGAAAAGAGGAACAGUGCAGUCGAAAGAAACGAGUUCCGAACCUCGAAGCCCUGGACUACAACACUAGCGUUUCAAUCGAUCAGAAUUUAACCGGACACGGAAUUCGUACCUUCCGAAUCGCUUCAAAUACAUGGUGCGCACCAUUGUCAGAGAAGAACAGGAACUCCCUGUUACCACCUACAGUGAGAUGUCACAUCGAUGAGCUGCAAAAAGAUAUCAGUCUACUGUCAGAUCCAUGCAGAGUAGCUCUUACUCACCCCCAGUUAAUGACUGACAGUGAUGCGACUUCUCAUGAUAUGUCUACCUGCGUAAUGGCACCGACAAAGUCCCUCACUUCUGAACUCCCUUAUUCCUCUGGCCGGUCGAACAUAUGCAGGAGCCCCUCUAAUAUAUCUGAGGCUAUUUCGAAUGAAACGAGCCUGGAUUCGCAGAAUGGUGAGGACAGACUCAAAGCAACAGGAAGACGAUGGCUUACCACCCUGUCCUCGAUCGUUAAUGUUAUCACGGGAGAUGAAUCAGCACAAGGCAACCAUCAAGGACUCCAUUCUCAAGCAGAAGAGGAGAAGACGCUAAGUCGAAAGACAAGACGAGCGUUGGAAAGGGAACGAACAAUAUGUCACCAACAAGAACUCAUGUCCGGGGACAUCAUGAUGGUUGAAUACUCGCGACCACAGUCAGAAUUUCAGCACAAGGAACCUUUGCUGAGUUCUAAAUACAAUUUCGUGUCUUCAAAACUCACGUUCCAGGAAAUGGAUGCUGCCGAUCAGGUGAAUAAAGGUCUUUGGCUCAAUGCCAGAUCAAACCACAAACCUUUCUCCUGGAUUAUCAUACCCAUGACAGUCCCUACCGCCUUCUCAUCCAGUCAUACUCAAAACAGUCUGCUCAUGCACUCAGACCAAGCGCCACUUCCAGAAAGUCGCUCGAGUGUUUCCAUAUUCAAAAAAUGCGAUUUCAUAGUAUCUGUGUCUCAUGUCUUAAAUAAUGAGGUAACUGACAGGCGUAUCACACCCAUGAGGAGACUCGAUGAUCAGAUUUGGGAUCCGGGUACAAACAUGCGAGGCACGGUUGAAACAGGGAUUACCCUGGAAAUCAAGGCAGAGAAUUCUCCUGGUUCAUUGAUGUUACGAUUUAUUCAUUUUUCUUCGUUUUACUCAGCCUGA